AUGGGCAGGGGGAAGAAGCAAAAGAAUGUCGGCUCCUGUGGUAUGUACCUCUUCCUGGACGACGGCGAGGAGAACUACUACCUCCUCGUGCAUCGGAGGAGCAAGCAGGUUUCCGAGUCGAACAUGAUAUCAGCGCCCGGUGGCAUUGUGGAGAAGUGGAAGUGUGGCGACGAUGGCUCCGACAUCGUCGCCGGCGCCAGACAGACAGCGCUGGAGGAACUCCGGGAGGAAACGGGAUUUGUCAUUCGUGAGGAGGAGGUGCAAGACCUCUUUGAUCUUCCAGUGUCACCAGAAUACGCCUGGUGGGGGGAAGGCACGCACUUCAACUUUGGCUAUGUUUGCUACCAUUGGCCAGAGAUACCUGGGCCCGAAAGGGACUCCCUCCACGAGGUGAUCUGGGGCGGCAUGGGCGAGAUUGGCACACCAGCAGGAGAUGGGUAUCAUUCCUGGGUAAACCUUCAUGCCCUGCUGGAAAACGAGGAUCUCAUGCCAGCGUGCCGCAAGCCCUGCGAGUACUUCCUGGAGAUCGCCCCCUCGCUGGCCGAAAGAACGUUCACCAGUUCGACUCCGAGCAAGCCCGUGGCGUCCACUGCGCGAGCCCGGGUGCCAGCGCAGCACCGGGCGUCCGCAGUGCCGAGGAUGCAGCCCUCGAGCACUUUCAGCGGAGCACUGCCGAAGUCAGCGCACAGGGAGGCUCUCCAGGACGAGGAGAGUUCCCGGCCUCUCAAAAGACCCAAAGGCUCCGUCGGUCGCGCAUGGAAAGCGGCUCAGGCAUAA